CCAUUGUCACAUUCAUCAGGUUUUGACAUACAUAAUCAAAGGGAUUCUGGGCAACUUCCCAGCAAUUGGAGUCUAGUUAACCAACAUAAUGAAGGGGAUUCUGGACAACUUCCCAGCAAUUGGACUUCAGAUAAACAACAGAAAUCGCGUCAACAAAAUCCAUUUCCUUGGGGAAAUAAGGCAAACAUUUGAAAACAAUUGGAUAACAGCUGUUGUCGCUUUCAAGGGAUAUAGCGUUAGAUUGAACGGAAGGAGCUACUGGUCGCUUGGUAGUAUUUAAGUACCUGUACAGCCCGGUGGUAACAUGCAGCAACGGAGUACUCCACUACUGUAUCAUCGAACCCAUCAAUGCAACAUGUCCUCAACUACGUAUUUUGUAUUUAAAUUCCUUGGCCGUGCUACAUCAUUUGACCUUUGGAAACUACAACUGAAAAUGGGGUAGAACCAUUCCCUCAGCAAUAAAAUAUGCAUGGCUCAAGGUAUCGAAAUUUAGCCACCGAUGCCGUUACGCUGAAAUUUUAGCUUGAAUGCGUCAAAGAAACCAACUAUAUAUGAACCUCGGCGGCCUCAGAUUCUGGGCACAAAAUACUUCGCGAACCUUGCAGCACUCUCAAUGGAGAGAGCAUCUCAAAUCACCUUCUUCCUGUUACUUAUCAUCCAUUUCGGCGCAGCUCAAAAUGCUACCACAAGUGGAGCAGAUGAGUUCCCUGUCGGAGUGAUCCUUGACUUGGAUUCAUUGGGGGGCAAGAUGACACGGACCAGCAUUUUGAUGGCCCUGGAAGACUUCUAUGCAGUCCACAGAAACUACAGCCCGAAGCUAGUUCUUCACAUCAGGGACUCCAAAAGUAACAAUGUCCAAGCUGCAUCAGCAGCUCUCGACCUGCUAGAGAAUUACAGUGUCCAAGUUAUCAUAGGCCCUCAAACAUCUUCACAAGCAGCAUUUGUAUCGGAUCUCGGGAAUAAAACUCAGGUCCCUGUCAUCUCCUUCACAGCAACAAGCCCAUCUCUUUACUCUGGCAGUCUUCCAUAUUUUGUUCGUGCAACAUUGAGUGACUCUACACAAGUGAAUAGCAUUGCCUCCCUAAUUAAGGCCUACGGGUGGAGACAGGUGGUGCCAAUUUAUGAAGAAACUGACUAUGGUAGAGGUGUCAUACCAUAUCUCAUCGACGCCCUCCAAGAAAUUGAUGCCCGUGUUCCCUAUCGGAGUGUGAUCCCUCUGUCAGCAACUACUGAACAAAUUACCCAAGAACUCUAUAAGUUAAUGACAAUGCAAACAAGGGUCUUCGUGGUGCAUAUGUCACCUGAUUUGGCGUCGAUCCUCUUCACAAAGGCAAAAGAGGUUGGUAUGAUGAAGAAAGGAUUCGUAUGGAUCAUGACAGAUGGACUAACCAAUGUCAUAGACUCCAUGGACCCUUCUGUCAUGGAUGCAAUGAAUGGUGUUUUAGGUGUAAAAUUUUAUACUCCUAAAUCAGCAGAACUGGAUAACUUCACCAUACGCUGGAACAGGAGAUUACAGAUUGAUAACCCAAAUGAUCCACCACUGAAACCAACCAUAUUUGAACUCUGGGGCUAUGAUACUAUAUGGGCGGUAGCACAAGCAGUUGAAAACCUUGGUAUUAAGAACAAAACAUCAUUUCAAAAACCAGCAGUUGCAAGAAAUAUGACAAGCUUGGGAACUUCUGUUUAUGGACCGGAUCUCCUAAAGACCAUCUUGCAAUACAAAUUUAGAGGUUUGAGUGGUCAUUUUGACCUUUCUGGCAGGCAGCUGCAAGCCUCUACAUUUCAGAUCAUAAAUGUAGUUGGUAAAGGGUGGCAACAAAUUGGGUUUUGGACUGCAGAGAAUGGUAUUUCCCGGCGACUAUAUCACGGGGAAGCAAUGCCACAUCAUUCAGGCUUAGCUUCUGACCUAAACCCCGUGAUUUGGCCGGGAAAAUCAACAGAGAUACCGAGAGGGUGGGAAGCUCCUGUAAAUGGGAAGAAGCUUCGAGUAGGAGUGCACGUAAGUGUAUACCCACAAUUUAUGACAAGUGGAAAGGAUCCAAUCACAGGGGCAACUAAAGCAAGUGGCCUUUCAAUUGAUGUAUUCGAAGAGGCAGUUAAAAGACUUCCCUAUGCACUACCCUAUGAAUAUGUAGCAUUUGGCACUACAAAUGACACAAGCAGUGGAGGUUAUGAUGAUUUUAUUUACCAAGUUUACCUUAAGAAAUAUGAUGUAGCAAUUGGGGAUAUAACAAUCUCACAUAACAGAACUUCCUACGUCGAUUUCACUCUACCGUACACAGAAUCAGGAGUGGCAAUGGUUGUUCCAGCCAAGAGCAGCAGAACUAACAAAGCAUGGAUUUUCGUUGAGCCAUUAUCACGUGGCCUGUGGCUCAGAAGCAUCGGAUUAUUGUUCUACACAUGGUUUGUUGUCUGCAUAUUGGAGCUUCUGGAAAACAACAUAAAUAUUACUGGAGAAGUUCUGAGAAACAUCGGGAUUAUGACAUUUUUUUCUCUAUUUGGAGACAACAGAGUGAGACACUUACUAUCUCGGAUAGUCUUGAUUGUAUGGGUGUUUUUCUUCCUUGUAUUGUCAGCAAGCUACACCGCAAAUUUGGCAACAAUGCUUACCAUAAGACAACUAAAUCCAACUAUAACCGAUAUCCAUGACCUCCGUAGAAGUGGGGACUAUGUAGGAUGCACUCAUGGUUCCUACGUCCAGAGUCUACUGGAACAACUCAAUUUCGACAAAUCGAAGAUCAAGACCUAUAGUACCUAUGACGGAUUUUACAGUGCACUCUCGAAAGGAAGCAAAAAUGGCGGAAUUGCCGCGUUCAUUCAUGAAGUUCCAUACAUCAGAUUAUUUCUGGCAAGGAACUGCAAAGGAUACACCAUGGUUCCAUUUUAUAAGGCAGCAGGUUUUGGAUAUGCAUUUCCAAAAGGAUCUCCUCUAGUUGGGGACAUCUCAAAGGCAAUCCUCAGUGUAAUAGGAGGAGAUACCAUCAAUCAAAUUGAGAAGAAAUGGAUCGGAGUAGGAUAUGAAAACAACUGUAACAAUGCAGGACGUGCACCUGAUCCAGACGAACUCACGUUUGGCAGUUUUCGAGGACUUUUCAAACUUAAUGUAGCUAUCACGACAUCCUGUUUUGUGGUAGCUGUGAUCAUUUACUUGUAUCCAAGGAACGAGCAACGUGGCCAAAAUGGGGAGCAGGCACAAGGAAAUGGAGGCGAACAGGCUGGAGACAGGCAACCUGGCCAUAAUGGGGGACAGGCACAAGAAAAUGGAGGCGGGCAGGCUGGAGGCGAGCAACCUAUCCAAAAUGGGGAGCAGGCACAAGGAAAUGGAGGCGGGCAACCUGGCCAUAAUGGGGCGCAGGCACAAGGAAAUGGAGGCGAGCAACCUGGCCAUAAUGGGGAGCAGGCACAAGGAAAUGGAGGCGAGCAGGCUGGAGGAGCGAUGGUUCAACAGUCUCCUAUGGGGGUCCAAGAAGAGACAGGUCAACAAACAAGUGAAGAUGCUCGAGGAGGGAUGGUUCAACUGUCUCUUGUCAGGGUCGAAGAAGUCAUAGGUCAACAAACAAGUGACCAUACGCACGAUGGUUCGACUGUUACUGAUACCGGCCGCAGAAGUCUUAGCACAUGAGUGGCACCUGUUUCAAGUUCAAGUUGUUUCUAGCUCAUUUGAGCUGGUAUUGCAUAAAGCAGUCUCCAGCUGAAUAAAUUUCUAGAAUGGUAAAGGAUUGGCCUGAAUUAGCUCGACAUACAACAGCUAAUUAUGUUUAUGCCCAUACAUAAAGUUCAACUUAUCCUGGGCAUCCAGUUUGUCAGCACUGGCCCCAGUCCGGUCAUUGUUCGUAGUAAUUUCCGUGUGUAUACCCUAUUCAGACCUGAUUGAACUGAACCAUUUAUUCAACUGUUUACUACAUUCUUUUUUGUCAUGAACUUCAGUCCCGUACAGCUUGUCACAUGUUGGCUCCUUGGAUGGUUUAGGGAUUUAGGGGUUGCCGCAGAUGCGGGCAUUGUUUCACAGCAAAAACAGACAUAAUUCGAGUGUAUCCACGAAUCGGCAUUCUAACAAACACCUGGCGUGCAAUGAGACAUCUGGUUUUGGCUUAGUUCAGCUACACUCAUGUUUGGCGCAAAGUUGGUAUUUUCAAAAUUGGUAUUUUUCACCAUGUACUAGCAUGUAGGACAUCCUUGGGAAAACAUACCCCAAAAUUAGAAAGAGAAGAGUUUUGCGGGGGCUAGACCAAGAGUUCCGGGAUUUGCAGAACUGAGC